AUGGUUAUUGAUGCUGCUGGUCCUGAAGUUUUUAAGGAAGAGACCCCGAAUGAAGAAGCUCAAAAGUUUUUUGAUAUGAUGAGUGCGGGGUCGAUAUCUUUAAUUGACGACACCUGCCGUUUAUUACAAGAACUGCUUCCAGAGAACAACAAAAUGCCGAAAAAUUUUGCUAAUAUCAAGAAGCUGGUGAAAGGUCUCGGGUUGCCGGUUGAGGUUAUUGAGUGCUGUUUCCACAACUGUAUGAUUUACUGGGGGGCGGACGAGGAUUUAACCCACUGCAAAGUCUGCACAUUUCCUCGGUGGAAACCUGUUACGAAAAGCAAUUCGGCCAAAAGAAGGGCUAACGUUCCUUAUAAAAAAAUGUUUUAUUUCCCUUUAACUCCGAGGCUGCAAAGGUUGUACGCUUUCAAAGCCACGGCUAAACAUAUGACAUGGCACGCUGAACAUGAAAUGGAAGACGAGAAGAUGUGUCAUCCUUCUGACUCUCCGGCGUGGAAACGGUUCAGUGAGUUGCAUACAGAUUUUGCCGAUGAAACAAGAAAUAUCAGACUAGGCUUAUGUACUGACGGGUUUCAACCAUUUGGUAGUUUUGGAACACAAUAUUCUUCCUGGCCAGUCAUUGUGACGCCGUAUAAUCUGCCUCCAGGCAUGUGCAUGAAGGAUGAGUUUAUGUUUUUGACAAUACUUGUCCCGGGACCUGGAAAUCCAAAAGACCAGAUGGAUAUAUUCCUGCAGCCGUUAAUAGCGGAGUUGAAUCAAUUGUGGGAAUCUGGAAUUCGGACGUAUGACGUUCAAAAGAGGCAGAAUUUUCAAAUGCGGGCGGCGCUUAUGUGGACAAUUAAUGACUUUCCCGCUUAUUCAAUGUUGUCUGGGUGGAGCACAUCAGGAAGACUGGCAUGUCCGCAUUGUAUGGAAAAUACCGAGGCAUUCACGUUGCCCGAUAGUGGUAAACAGUCCUGGUUUGAUUGCCACAGAAAAUUUUUACCUACGGGCCAUCAUUUCUGUCGGAAUGUUACUGAAUUUCGAAAAGGCAAACAAGUAAAGCACAAAUUUGGAGGUGUGAGGACUGGAGAUGAAGUAUUAGCAGAGGUUGACGGUCUGGGGUUUAAGAGGGCUUAUGAGACAGAUGCUAAGGCUACGAAUGCUGAUCUAUCUAAAGGCCGUGGUUGGAAUCGAAAGAGUAUCUUUUGGGAUUUACCGUAUUGGAAGACAAAUGUAAUCCGGCAUAAUCUCGAUGUCAUGCAUAUUGAGAAAAAUGUAUUUGACAACGUUUUUAAUACCGUACUCAAUGUACCUGGUAAGACGAAAGACACGGAAAAAUCUAGGGCAGAGCUGAAUAAGAUUUGUGAUCGUCCCGGCCUAGCACAAGAUCAGGAAACCGGUAGAUAUCCAAAGGCUUUGUAUGCUUUGGACAGGGAUUUAAAAAAGAUUUUGCUCGAAUGGAUUCAAAAGUUAAAGUUUCCGGACGGUUACGUGUCCAACUUGUCAAGGUGUGUUGAUUUAAACAGUUUGAAGAUGAUGGGCAUGAAAAGUCAUGACUGUCAUGUCUUCAUGCAACGACUUUUGCCAAUUGCUCUUCGGGAGCUUCUUCCGCCCGAAGUGUGGGAGCCUUUAACAGAGCUAAGUAUCUUCUUCAGAGAAUUAACUGCCACAUCGCUGAAAAAGGCAGAUCUUGAGAGAUUGGAUCUUGAUAUCCCGAAGUAA